GUAAUAAGUCUAUUUUGACUCUAAUGGCUUUCCGUCGUUGUGGUCUCCGCCCAUGUGCUUUAAAGCUGUUGCGCAUGCGCUGUCUGGUCUUCUUCUCCUUCAGCUGGUGAGAGCUGCUGUGUGUCGUCGAGUCAGAGUCUUGGUUUCAUUGUAAUAACCAUGAGUGAGCUGCAGGAACGCACCUUCAUCGCCAUCAAGCCCGAUGGCGUUCAGAGAGGGAUCAUCGGAGAGAUCAUCAAGCGCUUUGAGAUGAAGGGCUUCAAGCUUGUGGGAAUGAAGAUGGUCCAGGCUUCUGAAGACCUCCUCAUGAAGCAUUACAUUGACCUGAAGGAAAGGCCCUUCUUCCCCACACUGGUCAACUACAUGAGCUCUGGUCCAGUGGUCGCCAUGGUGUGGGAAGGUAAAGGUGUGGUGAAGACUGGCAGAGUGAUGCUGGGGGAGACCAACCCUGCCGACUCCAAACCUGGAACCAUCAGGGGCGACUUCUGCAUCGACGUCAGCAAGAACAUCAUCCACGGCAGUGACUCUGUGGAGAGUGCCAACACGGAGAUCUCCCUGUGGUUCAAACCAGAGGAGCUGGUCAGCUACACGAGCUGUGCCUUCAGCUGGCUGUACUGAGCCGCCGGUCCUGCAGCACUUCCUCCUGUUGCUCUCAGACGGCCAAGCUCUUGCCUCAGACUUCCCUUUGUUCAGCCCCACCAUCCUCCUCUCAUGUUCGCAUCAUCAUACUGUACCCGAGUGUGGUCCACUGUCAUUCCUGAUCUCAUUCCUGUAGAAACAUUCCAUCCAGUGCUCGACUGUAUGACCGAUGAGGUGAGAUUUCCCGUUUUUGUUAAGGGAGCUGCUUUCCAAUAAAUGCACAUAAAUCCA